UCUCCUGAAGGAGCAUCUUCUGCCGCUGACGUCAUGACAGCAGCAUCAGCUGUUAGCUCCGCCGCUGUAAGCCUCUCCACUGGCCGUCGCUCCCCGCACAAAGGAAAUAUAUGAGAUCCCCUCUAAUCCCUGAAAUGGCGACACAGGAGGUUCAGCAGAACGAGACUCUGGCCCACCUGAAAACCGAGUCGGAGACGCUGAAGACCAAGCUGGAGGAGGAGAGGGCGAAGCUGCACGACGUCGAGCUUCACCAGGUGGCAGAGAAAGUGGAAGCCCUGGGUCAGUUUGUCAUGAAAACCCGCAGGACUCUGAAGGGACAUGGCAACAAAGUCCUGUGCAUGGACUGGUGCAAGGACAAGAGGAGAAUCGUCAGUUCCUCACAGGAUGGAAAAGUGAUUGUAUGGGAUGCUUUCACCACUAACAAGGAGCACGCUGUUACAAUGCCUUGCACCUGGGUGAUGGCCUGCGCCUACGCUCCAUCUGGCUGCGCUGUAGCUUGUGGGGGCCUGGAUAAUAAAUGCUCUGUGUAUCCUCUGUCCCUGGACAAGAAUGAGAACUUGGCAGCGAAGAAGAAGUCGGUGGCGAUGCACACGAAUUACCUGUCUGCUUGUAGCUUCACCAACUCAGACAUGCAGAUCCUGACGUCCAGCGGGGACGGGACAUGUGCAUUAUGGGAUGUGGAAAGCGGGCAGCUGCUGCAGAGUUUCCAUGGCCACGCUGCAGACGUGCUCUGUCUGGACCUGGCCCCAUCUGAGACUGGAAACACGUUUGUUUCAGGGGGCUGUGAUAAGAAGGCUAAUGUGUGGGACAUGCGUUCAGGACAGUGCAUUCAGUCAUUUGAAACUCAUGAAUCUGACAUAAAUAGCGUGCGAUACUAUCCGAGUGGGGAUGCUUUUGCAUCUGGUUCAGAUGAUGCCACAUGCCGCCUGUACGACUUGAGGGCCGACAGAGAAGUUGCCAUUUAUUCCAAGGAGAGCAUCAUCUUUGGGCUCUCCAGUGUUGAUUUCUCACUCAGUGGUAUAAAUUUCUUGCUCCGGAUUCUGAUGUCAUUUGGGCCUAAACACGCUCCAGUGGAAACUACUGAAGGCACACAGACGUUUCUGUUUGCUAGCGUACAAUCAGCGAGCUAG